AUGUCGACAAAAUGUUGUAUUUUGGUUGUACAAGCUAACGCGGCAUCUGGAAUGGCUGUGCAUGACGCAUGCAAGUUGAAGUUCUUGGAGUUGAAAGCUAAGAGAAACUACCGAUUCAUAGUGUUCAAGAUUGAAAACCGUACGCAUCAAGUUGUCGUGGAGAAGCUAGGCCAACCAGACGACACCUAUGAAGAUUUUCAAAAAAGCUUUCCAGCCAAUGAAUGCCGUUAUGCCGUCUAUGACUUCGAUUUCACCACCAACGAGAACUGCCAAAAAAGCAAAAUUUUCUUUGUUGCAUGGUCUCCAGAUUCAUCAAAGGUGAGAAGUAAGAUGAUAUAUGCCAGCUCUAAGGACAGGUUCAAGAGAGAACUAGACGGGAUCCAAGUCGAAGUCCAAGCAACAGACGCCAGUGAGAUGACUCUUGACGUCAUUAAAUCAAGAGCAUUGUAA